AAAUUUUAUUUCACCCUUGCUCCACCUAGCAAUGUAAUCAUAUCUACUCCGGAUUUGGGUCACGUUGCUUCACAACCUACUAUAAGUUGCCAAGUUUGCAAUUAUAUUGUGCCACUGACAAAUAAAGAAAAACAUACGGUCAUUAAAUGUCCCAAUUGCUUAGAGGCAAUUCCUUUUGAAGGUGAUCCUCCUGGUAAACAAUAUGUUGGAUGCGUCUGCAAUUGCUUACUUAUUUGCCGUGCUUCUACAUCAAGAGUAGGAUGCUCCAGACCGCAUUGCUAUCGAAUAAUACUUCUUUCAGAGGUCUAA